UGUACAAAUAGAGUUUACUAUUAUGGUGCAUCCCUACUUUUAUUCCUCAAGAAGUUCAUCACCAAUUUAUUUGCUGAGUGGUAAUUGCUCCUAAAUUCUUGUCAUUUGGGUCGAUCGCAGCUUCCAUCUAUGGCUGCUUCAACCUCCUUCUACGGCGCCGUCGCUUUCAAGCUACCCUCCCGCCAACCCAAGGUUACCCUUCUUCCCCACUUCUCUUCCGUCAAUCUCUCUUCGUACACCAGGGUACGCCCCUCCGAAUCCCUAAUUUCCCGCUACACUCCCUCCAACUCUCGCACACUGGUCCCUCCUCCCCGUUCCGCUCCCCCCGCCGCCGCCGCGGUCUCAACCACCACCUUCCACGGCCUCUGCUACGUCGUCGGCGACAACAUCGACACUGACCAGACCAUUCCCGCCGAGUACCUGACCCUAGUCCCGUCGAAGCCGGAGGAGUACGAAAAGCUCGGGUCCUACGCCCUGUGCGGCCUCCCGGCGUCCUACCCGACCCGAUUCAUAGAUCCGGGCGAAUUCAAGUCCAAGUACUCAAUCGUAAUCGGAGGAGACAAUUUCGGGUGCGGAUCCUCCCGCGAACACGCCCCCGUAGCCCUAGGCGCCGCCGGGGUCUCUGCCGUGGUGGCCGAGUCCUACGCCCGGAUAUUCUUCCGGAACUCGGUGUCUACGGGAGAGAUUUAUCCUCUGGAAUGCGAUGUGAGGAUCUGCGAGGAGUGUAAGACGGGCGAUGCAGUAACUGUUGAGCUUGGAGAAAGCAAGUUGAUCAACCAUACUACUGGGAAGGAAUACAAGCUGAAACCCAUUGGAGAUGCUGGGCCGGUGAUUGAUGCGGGUGGGAUUUUCGCAUAUGCAAGGAAGACAGGGAUGAUUCCUUCCCGUGCUUAGAACGAAAAAAAAAACCCGAACGGAUUACCUUAUUUUCAUCUUACCUUAGAUUCAUAUUGGUGACAUCUCCUAGCAUGUUUUCGGGGAAUGGAUGGGAAAAUGUGGACCUUUCAAUUUUCAUCAUCACAAUGCUGGAAACAGAAUUUGAGAUGGAUUUAAAUACAACUGGUUUCUAAGCACUUCCCCUUAUGUAGCUCUCCUUGAGACUCUGUAAAGAUUCUCUCAAAGAAAUCUCAUCUUGGUUGGAAUACUUCAAGCAUAUCAGUCGCUGCGCAACACGGUAGACCAAUUGAAUGUCACUGCAUUGCUGGCUGUUCACCUCCAUUCUCUUUGUUUUCUGUUGCAAACGAGAAAAACUGAAUAAGGGAAAAAUUCAUACGCUUUCUAUUUUUGUUUACUUUUUAUUUGGGGACGACUUAUUAUUUACGUAGUAAAUUAUAUGCAUUCUU